UAAUGAUUUAUUCAAAGUCCUCACCUCAUGUCGAGUUCAUGUGUUGAUCUAAUUCUGCAUCAUACUGCAGAAGUAUCACGUGUAUAGUAUGAGCUGACAUAAUAGUGAAGAGCACUGGAGGUGAAAGGUGAAGAGGAAUUAUCUAUAAAAGCCAGACUGUGCUCAGGGUGGACCGUGGAAGCCCAACAGGUGCAGCAGCAGGUGAGUGGAAACACAAACAUUGAAACACAGACGGUGCAAACAGACCGUCUUCCAUAUGGAGGCUCUAAGUUUUUGUGUAAGUGCACAUAAAAAGCAACAUGCAUUUACACUAUUUGUAUUCUUCUUUUAAUGUAUGAGGUGGUGACGACUCAUCAGUACCGCAGGUUUUUCUCCAGGAUGCAAACUUUGUUGUCUUUGUGUGCUUUCCUCACGCUCCUCUUUUCUGCUCACGCAGAUGUCGUGGAGCGUUUUGAGGUUUGUGACUUUAUUCUAGUUUAAUCUGGAGUUCAGGCAGACAUUUAAUAUGUAUGCAGUUGACUUCAGAGUCUGUUAUUUUAUUAUCUCAGGAUGUACCAGAAUGCAUGAAGUACUUCUACAAAGAGAAGGUACCAGAGUGGGGGUUGUCCACACCUGGAGCUGCACGUCUCUGUCAGCGCUUUGUCAACAGGUGAGCAACGAGCUAGAUGAAGCUUUUUUCCCUCAUAAUUACUUUUUCACAGGAAAAUGAAAAAAAAAAAGUGUUAUGAACACUUCAUAAUAGGACAGCUCUCCUCAACAGCCUGUUUGAUGAUAAUGAUUAUUCUGGAGUGGAAAUAGACCUCCUUAUCAGUCAGAAUUGAACAUUUUCACUGUUGCUCAACAGAGCAAACAAAAGGUUAUUGAUUCCCAGCUUUGAUUGUUGCACUUCACUUUUUGUUAUUAUCCAACUUGAUGUCCUCACACUUUCUUUUGUCACGUAGUGAUAGAUCGUUUGAUUGCUUGUCUUGCUUUAUGUUGUGUUUACUCUUAGUCAGUUUUAGGGCUGUUUCAACACACCAGUAUUGACGAUGACCAUCUUUAUACAAAGUGAAAUAUUGAUAUUAGAGCUUGAGGUUCCUGAUCAAACAUACAUCUAUCCUUUCAAACCAUUUAUUUAUUGUUAGAUUUUUCUUUUAGAAGUAGUUAACCUCAAAAUAAAAGCAUGGGUUAACAAUAGAAAAUAUCAAAGAUAAAGCUUGUCAAAUAAUCGUUUUAUGAGGUAGUGUCUUCUCCAGUGAAGUUUCAAUCACAGGGCUGCUUCUGGGGAUAAAUCAUAAAUUUUAGCAUCAUUACAAAUGGUUCAUUACAUGUGAAUUUAUUUGCUCCACCAGUUUCCUGCCUUUCCUUAAUAUGACUAAAACAUUGUCACAUUCUCAAGUUUUUCAUUAAAAUGUUACAAUAAUAUUGUUAUUGUGACAUUGAUGGCCAUGAUAUGGCUUGCACUCACAUUAUGCCUCACAAUCUGUCCAAAGUAGGUCUAGGAGUGAAACUUUUCUAAUAAUUAUAAUUUUUGCAAGUCAGACAGCGUACAAGAGUUUUGCAUGUUUCGGUAAGUUCACCACCAGAGACGCUCUGUAGGUAAAGUAGUCCCACAGGAGACUCCAGCAGCUGAUUCUGCUCACAUGCACAGAGUGUGAGGGUAUUCUUCAGAAGAUGACUCCCUGUUGUCUUAGGUAGUGGACAUGCUGAGGCAGAGGAAUUGCUUUUCUCUAAUAAGACAAAAAAGCCAUGCUGAGAUUUGAGUUGUUACAGCUGUACUGUUGGUUUUAGUCUGAUCCACAGUGAAAAUUUCUCCACAGGAGCUUAAAGUAGCGUUUAUCGAGAUCAGAAGUUUCUUUUACAGGAGCAGUAUCACAGGGUUUUAACAAAAAUCAAUCAAAUAUUGACACACACACUGCCUUGUCAUGUCUGGUCUGCACAGACAUGUAAAAGUACUCUGUUAUACUUGUCUUCUUCUUGUUUCUAACUUCUCCUCAACUCUGACUGUUUCCUCUAAACCUCCACAUCACUAUAUUGAAUCUUUACGCCUCCAGGUAUCACUUUGCUACGCUGUACGACACAGUCCACCGCAUUGCCGUGUAUGCUGCCUAUCAGUUUGAGCCCAGCAAUGGAGGAGGCCGAGAGAGAAGGUGGUUUGUAGAGCCUCAGGUCAGUGACACAUUUAUCAUACUGUAUAAAUGUAUCUGCACUAUUUAUGUUAUCCAUAAAAUCAGCAUGUGUUAGGGCAGCUACAAACCUCCAGCCUGUGAAAGGUUUUAAACCUAAGAGCUCCUUAUGUGCUUUACAGCUGGUCAACAUGACGUGGCAGGCGGAGAUGAAGGAUGGUUAUUGGCUGGGAAAAGACCACCCCGGGGUCUAUCAAGGAGAGAGACAGGCUCUGAAUGAGGACUACACUCACUCUGGCUUUGACCGCGGUCAUCUCAACCCCAACGGACACCAUCCAGGUAAUACUGCAGAUUCUACUGUACAUCUCGACAGUCUGUUGAUCAUUUUUCCCUAUCAUUGCAUAUCUUUUCAUUUAACGAUAUAAAACGACUUUGCAUCUGCAGGCCUUUUGACCUCCUCCAGUAGCUGAGGCUGAAGCUUUUUGGUCAUUAAAUUUAAUGAUUUUAAUUGACAUUUUCAGAUCAUCAUAUCUGACAUCAUGUUUUUCUUAUGUGACAGACUUUAUCCUAAAUCCUGUAUUAAACUCUCCUUUCUCCUCUUCCUCAGUCCCUGGCCGAAAUGCCACUUUCACCCUGACUAAUGUGGUCCCCCAGAACCCCAAGCUAAACCAGAAUGCCUGGAGGAUCCACGAGUCCCAGCUCACCGAUAUGUUCAAGCAGAAGUGCUCUAAGGCCUACGUGUUGGUCGGCGCCAUCCCCUCUGAGGACAACUGGAUCAUCAAGAAUAACGUAAAGAGGGUCAACAUCCCAGACUACCUGUGGAACGCCUACUGCUGUGUGGACAACAACAACAGACCCCUUCAGAGUGGGGCCGCUGCCGCCAGGAACACAGAGGAGAACUUGGUGGAGGAGCUGGACUUGGAUGAACUGAGAGAGUUCCUCCAGGAGGUCUCCAAUCAGCCAGUAGGGGAGUUAUUUUACAACAACUGCAGGGCUUAACAUGAUACCAAGAGGAGGAUGAAAAACUCAAUUCUAUACUGAACAAUUUAUUUUUGUAGCUCUAAAAUCUAUUUUUUAUUGGAUUCAAGUUUGAUUAAGUGGUAAAAAUAAAGAUCAGACUGAUAUUUACACCCCAUUUUUUUAUUUAAUGGGUCUGAGUUCACUUUACUCCUUAUUUUGCAUCAUUUUAUCACAAAUAAACACAUUAAAUUUAUUAUGAGUGUCGUAAAAUGACUUUUGAUGGUAGCCUUUUCAUUUGUAGUGAAGGCAAACAUACACAAUUAAUAAUAAAUAGAAAUAGAAAAACCAAGAGUCCAAAUUAUAAACAAGUUGAGUGUAUAUUUUGUAUAAUGAAUAAUCUCAGACAUGGGGCCAAAGGAGCAAAUAAAGGUGCCAACUGGAGAUAGUUUUGAAAUUUAAAGGUCCAGGUCUUAAAUCUUGUUGUCUUCAGGAGUUUAAAUAACUCUGGGGAAAACCAGUUCAUGAUUUUCAAAAAGUCCCCACCAUCAACAGGAUCAUGAAAUCAAGUGAGCAAAGGUGUUGGUCUGUCCAUUCAGUGUUAAUCCUCUACGGCCGCAAUCAUCCUUGUCCUAAUAAAAACCUGCAACACA